UCGAGCGGGUUUCAGCGCGGAAUGGAGCCCGUUCGAGUAACUGGCGCACUUCCCGACACCUCGGCCCUCUUUUUGCCCUUCGCGGGGAAAUAAGAGCAUUUGAGGGAAAAGUCACCGCGUCAGUUGUUUUUUCUUGUUUUGUUCUAAAUUCCCUCCCGGAUUCUUUUCGUUUUAUCCUGUUUCUGUGGAUAGGCAGCAGUAGUAAAGGUUGGAAGAUCAUGCAGGAUGUCCAUUUGGCGGAUGGUUCUUGCACCAACGGUUCCGUUCUACGAUUGCUUUGCCCGUCCCACAUUGUUGUCUGUCGAGUUGGCAAGGAGAUGAUCCCAAACGGCAGUCUCGGCGACAGUAACUUCACGGAUGUUGCAGUCCGUGCUGCGGUCGACAAAUGGAGCAACUACAACUUCUGGAUCGGCCUGUCGCUGGCGGUGUUGUCAGCCUUCCUCAUCGGAGGGAGUGUUAUUCUGAAGAAGAAAGCGCUGCUCCGUUUAGCUGGGAAAGGGGAGACCAGAGCAGGUGAUGGAGGACAUGGCUACUUGAAAGACUGGCUGUGGUGGGGUGGUCUCCUUACCAUGGGCGCAGGAGAAGUCGCAAACUUUGCAGCGUAUAUGUUUGCACCGGCAACUGUGGUCACGCCACUCGGAGCCCUAAGUGUUCUCAUCAGUGCCGUGCUGUCCUCCUACCUACUGGGUGAGACUUUGAACCUUCUGGGAAAAUUGGGCUGCGUUCUCAGCCUACUGGGAAGCACCAUCAUGGUGAUUCAUUCGCCAGAAGAAGAAGAAGUUACCACCAUACAACAAAUGUCCCAGAAACUGCUUGACCCUGGCUUUCUGGUCUAUGCCAGCAUACUCCUCAUCGCCUGUCUCGUUCUGAUCUUCUACUGCUCUCCACGUAUCGGUCAGACCAACAUCUUGGUGUACAUCGGCAUCUGCUCUCUCCUGGGAGCCUUCACCGUCUCUUCGGUGAAAGGCCUGGGCAUCGCGAUCCGCACCUUCUUCUCAGACACGUCUGUGGUGCGCCAGCCCCUCACCUGGAUACUUCUGGUUUCCCUGGUGGUUUCCAUUGUCACGCAGGUCAACUACCUUAACAAGUCCCUGGAUGUCUUUAACACACUGCUGGUCUACCCCAUCUACUAUGUCUUUUUCACCACCGUUGUGUUGGCCACCUCCAUAAUCCUCUUCAAGGAGUGGGGCAGCAUGUCCGGUGUAGACAUAGUGGGCAGCAUCUGUGGCUUCCUUGUCAUCAUCUUGGGAGUAGGAAUGUUGCACAUUUUACGGGAUGUCCAGGUGUCACUGGACAGCCUAAAAGACUCCCUGGGUCUGCCAUCUGAGGAGAGGAACCAAGAGAAGGUGGAUGACAAGCGGAUCCUUAUCAACAACCUGGAGUGUUUGCCGCCCAUUAAGGAGGAAGUCCCUCAGGUGUUCAUCAUCAGCUGAGGGAAAAGCAAUAAUACAAUAGUAAUUUCAUAAUUAUACCUGUUUAUGCAUGUUUAGGUGUUUGUAGUUUUACAGAGGUGACCGUCUUGCUGCUGAUGAGUGUUUCAGUCAAUGAUGCAGAAGGCUUGGUGGAGAUACAGUACUGCUCUACGGGAUGGUACUACAAGGACCAAUGUUUGUUAUAUUCCACAUUUAUGUCAUUGGUUGUCUUUGUAUAUUGACAAUUUCUUUGCUUAGUAGAGAACCAGGGCUGUGGAGUCGGUACACAAAACCUUUGACUCUGACUCCAGUAACCCAAUAAUUGGUUCCGACUCCACAGCACUGCCCAAAAGUUGCAUGAUAUUUUGGGGUCAACUUAUCCGGCGAAUAUUGGCCUAAAGCUAUAUUACACCUCUAAUUUCUGGGGGUCGACUUAUACGCCAGCAUAUACGGUACAUUUAGCCAGA